AUGGAUAAAGGGGAGGGACUUUCUGUAGAUGAUUUGAUUGAUUUAGAAAAAAUUAUAUUAGAUAACAAUUAUUUUGAAUUCGGUGAAAAAGUGUAUAAACAAAAGUUAGGGACAGCCAUUGGCACAAAAUUUGCUCCAGCGUUUGCAAAUAAUGUUAUGGCAGAACUGGAAAAUAAAAUGCUGGCGGGGUACCACUUGAGUCCUUCAGUAUGGUUCAGAUUUUUGGAUGAUAUAUUUUUUAUUUGGCUUCAUGGUAAAGAAUCCCUGUUGGAAUUUUUAAAUUAUAUUAACAAUUAUUAUGAAACAAUUAAAUAUACAUGGGAAUAUUCGGAAAGAGGGGUGUCUUAUUUGGAUGUGCGGGUGGAAUUGGAGUCUGGUAAAUUGCAAACGGAUGUGUAUUCAAAACCGACUGAUACACAUCAAUACUUAGACUUCAAGUCUUGUCAUCCUGCACAUGUGAAGAAGGCAAUCCCCUAUGGUCAGGCGCUAAGAUUAAAACGGAUUUGUAGUUCGGAAAAAGUUUUUCAGGAUAGGCUUAAAGAAAUGGAAGGUCAUGUAAUAAAGCGAGGAUUUAACAAAAAGUUGGUUAAGGACCAGUUUUCUGGUCUCCGUCUGACUGUGUAGCUCAGUUGGUAGAGCGUCGAUCUAGUAAUUCUAAGGUCGCGGGUUCGAGACCCAGCCGCGGCAGACUUUAUCUUUCUGCUUACGCUGGGUAUAGAAAUUAUAUAAUACACACUCGAGAACAUUUUCACCUUAAUAUAUAUAUAUAUAUAUAUAUAUAUAUAUAUAUAUAUAUAUAUAUAUAUAUAUAUAUAUAUAUAUAUAUAUAUAUAUAUAUAUAUAUAUAUAUAUAUAUAUUAAUACUUUUGCCAAUUAAAGAAAAAAAAUUAAAUGGACAAUACUAAAACAAACUCCUUCCUAUCGCAGCGGCGCAGAACUGUGAAUUUUUUUUUUCAGAAAAAUUGCAUAUCCUAGAAGGUGAUAAGACAAAACUACUGAACAAAAGGUGAGAACUUUUCUUGAAGUGCCGCCACCGGAAGCGAUUACUCGCGCGAAACGUGCACACGCCGUGCCAUCACGCGUAUAAUCCAAACAUAGCUUAUAAGUCCAACUUCAUCCCUUAGAAUACAAAAGACUUUGGUCGAUUCAUUCGCUUAAGACACAGAAGACUUUGUUCGAAGAAAACAAAAAAAAAUACCAAUGUAUUCCUUCUUUUCCACUAAAUACCAUUCGCAUAUAUUAAUAUUUUUACUAUUAUUCAAUGAAGUAUCCCCGGAGAAGGUUUUUCAAUACCUAUUUACAGAACAAAUAGUUAUAUUAAAAUUAAGAUUCCUCUUUAUAGAGUUUAUUUAAUUAUUUAAAAUCUAUUUGUCUAUGAGAUACGAAGUAUAAUUACAUAUUUAUCAUUUAUUUAAAAUCCAUUAAAUCUAUAAUAUCAGAAAAUGUAAUUAAUUGCUGUUUAGCAUCUUCUACCGCAACUCAGUUUUAAAACUUUGUCAAGGUAACUAUUUAAAGUCUUCAUCAAAGUCAACCUCGUACCCAGGGCAUUUUACCUCCGCGGCGUCGGCGAAAAAGGCCCUGGCCUCGGCUGGUCACAUGACACCCUGAAUUUUGGGGUGUUUAGUAUGAUAAUUUAUGAGCACCUCUGACAAUUUAGGAAUAAUUUACAUAAUAGUUAUGCAGAUUCAGGAAUAAAAAUAAAAAUUGUCUAAAGAACUUUAUACAGUAUUAGCGAAUAUAGAAAUUCUCAACAGAAUACACAUCGCUUUACAUAAUGCGGGUAUGGCCAAUAGAAUACUUAAACCACAGUAAAUACAAUGUUUUGAUUACAUUUGUAAGGGACAUGAUGUUAUUGCAGUUUUGCCUACUGGAUUUGGAAAGUCAGUUUUAUUUCAGUUGCUUCCAGACAUAUUGCCGACAAAAACAACAAUCAACAUUGUUAUUGUGCUGUGCCCUCUUUCGUCUAUCAUCGAGGAUCAGCUGCACAGUCUUAAGAUAAUGAGUAUUAACGCCGGUGUUCUUCCAUCACGUUACGAAAACGAAAAUUGUGAAACGCUAUUCAACAAUGAAGAUAUGGGCAUGGCAGCCGACAUCCAUUUGCCAGACGAUUUUCUAAAUGGGCUUACCAGCAUAGUUUUCGCUCAUCCUGAAGAUCUCCUUUCUGAUGUUGGCAGAAAACUUAUGAAAUCAGAUGUCUAUCAGAAGAAUGUUGUAGCCUGUGUAAUCGACGAAGGUCAUUGUGUGGAAAUGUGGUAAGUAAAAUGUCCAUGUUAUUUAUAAAUGCAUCAACAUUUACAACAAAUUGCAUUAAACUCCUCUUUUAACAUUUUAUCUGAUUUGUUUUAAUAUCAGUUUUAGUACUACUAAAGUGAACUCCAACCAGUAUUGUGUGUUAAUCAGAGAGCCAAAUUGUUUGUUGUGAGAUGAAAGGCAAAGGCUUGCAAAGCCCAACCACUGCCCCCCCCCAUCUCAGUCUUGCACCUAUGCACUUUGGUUUGCACCAUCCCCACUGAACACUUGCCAGAAAUCUUCUAUGUCUGGCAAAUAAGAAAACCCCUGCCUAAGACAAAAUUUGUUUAUAAAUGUGAUUCUUAUAAAAUGCCUUUCCUAGAUUUUGUGCUAUGGGUUAUAACAAUUUAUAUAAACAGUUGUUUUAAUGUUAUAGGGGGAAUGACUUCAGAAAGGAUUUUAAAGGACUGUCAUGUCUGAAGGCAAUGUUUCCCUCAGUUCCAACCUUGCUCCUCACUGCUACUGCACCACCCCAGCUCAUCUUGGAUUUGAAAAAAAGUUUGUGUUUAAGUGACAACUGCAAA